AUGAGUGUCCUUCAAUACCCAUAUUUGGUCAAUGUGUCAACGCUUCACGUUUGGAACAAUGCGGCAUUCGACGAUGGAGGAUCUGAAGAUACAAGCACCGUCAAGGUUUCUGGGGCUAAUCUUGAAUCCGUGCCGGUGAACCAAAAAAAAGCGGGGAAGCGUGAUGAGAAAAAGAUUUAUAUGGAGAUUGAAGCUACCGAGGAGGAGAUCACUCGUCUGUCAUUGAAACUCGAAUCUCUUCGACACGAAAAGGCCGAAUAUAAAGCAAGGAGGGUUUCAAUGAGAGGGAGAACAGUGGCUUCUAAAUUCAUGAUGCAAAAAAAGAGCACCAAGAAUUUCGAGAAGAAGAUCGAAGAUCCUCUGUUUUCAAGUGCUAAAACAAAAUUGAACCCUGCGGAUGUUGCCACCUCUGUUGUUUCAAUGCAGAGCCGCCGCAAAUCCUGCUUCUAUAAGCUGCGAGAUAUGGGUGAAGAGAAGGUUAAAAGCAGGAAAGGCAAGAGGUGGAGCAUGAGUCUUGGCCCAAAAUCACGCAGAACAAUAUCCAAGACUCAAGCUUCUAGGCCAACGAAGAGCACGGUCGGGUAUAAAAGAGGCUUGAGGAGAGAAGACUGGGUUCUCGCUACAAUUCAACCCAAAAAUCUUUUCAAAGAGGGAGAAAAAUCAGAAACUGCGAAAAUACCACCCAAACAGGGAAGGAUGGUGGUGAGCCGGUACAAUCAGAUUGUAAAUCAAAGCAAUAGGAAUUUGGCUACAAACAAUCCUCGAAAGCGGUCUUUGACAGAAACUGAUAAUGAUGAGAGUAACAGACAGGGCAAGAGACUUGCUUCUCGUGAAGAAACGAUGGAUUCCUCCUGCAAGAAUCAGAAGAGUAUAAGCAGAGUGAAAUGGGAAAAUCAUGUAGAGAGUUAA